AUGAAAUCUAUUCGUCAUAAAAAAAACGCUCAAGAAAGUUUUUUUCCAACACAGACGAUAUUAUUUUUCAGUCUUCUUACAGGUCUAAUAGUAUGUGAUGAAUGUGUACCAGCAAGAACAGUUAAACUAGAUUCAAUAACUACAACUACAGUUACAGAUACGUCGUCUUCUCAAAUUAAUAUUGGUAUUGUCGUUGCUGCUGGGCUCGGAGGAGCUUUAUUAACUCUUGUCGUUGGUUUAGUCAUUUUUUUUAUUUGGAAAAAACGAGUAAAACAGAAAUUAAUAGCAUAUGCAGCAUCAAAUACAUCUACAAUAUCAACAAUACAACGACCACCACCGCCCUUACCACCACCACCAUUACCGUCUCUAUCACGAUUACCUUCGCCUAUUAUUGUACCUGCUUUAUAUGAUCUACCAUUAUCUAGACGAGGUUCAACUACUUCAGUGACUCCGUCCAUAUUGUAUCAUUUUUAUGAAGAAACACCGUAG